AUGCCUCAACACCAACCUGCAUCGGAACAACCCCAAUUGGAAGCAAACCCGGUGCUGGUUGAGGUACAGGUCGGCGAGGUCGGAACACAAGGACCGACUCCCAGACCCCAGCCGAAUGCAACAAUUGCUGCAGUUCGUCCGCCUCCACAUAGUGAGCCACUAAACGUGACAAACAUGGCCAUGGGAGCAAUCCUUCAAAGGUUGCAAGAGAUGGAAAACAGAUUCCUGACCCAGCAGCGUAUGGAUGCCCAAAGGAUGGCAACAUUGGAGGCCGAACUGAGGACCUUGAACGCGGAAGGCCAGACUAGGGGAGCCGGAGGGGUCGUAAACAACCGACCUCAGCAGCAACAUUCCGAAGGCGUACAUCAGAACGCCGAAGGCGCCCAGCAUCAGAAUGCUGCAGACCUCCAGCUUCAAAACGUUGGAGAUCGACCUAGAAGGCCCGUCAAUGCUGGCGAUGGAGGACCGCGACAACAGAACGCGGCUACACUUGAAGGACACGGGCAGAAUGGGCAGAACCUUAACCUCGGUAACAACCAGAAUGGUGGUGGGCCGAACGACAACCAGGACGAAAAUUAUCUGGAGGAUGAAGAGGCUAAUGAUAGCCCAUUCACUGAGAGGCUCAUGAACUUGGCCAUACCGCCGAGAUUCAAGAGCACCAGGAUACCUCCAUACGAUGGAAGUCAGGACCCAGAAGCCCAUUUAGAGGCUUUUAAAACCGAGAUGUUAUUCAACGGGAUCACUAGACCUAUUAAGGCCAGGAUCUUUGCGACAACGCUGACUGGUCAAGCGAUGACCUGGAUAACCAGGCUCCCUAGGAACUCAAUCGACUCGUUUGAGGACCCAGCUCGGACUUUCCGACUUAACUUUGCAACAAGCAAGGUGCAUCCGAUGCCAGCCUGUGCUUUAGGAAGAAUCCGGCAGAAGGAGAACGAAUCGCUGAGGAAGUACCUCGACUGA